AUGGCCUCCACUGUGUCUCAGUUUCUCAGUACUCCCAACUCAACAUUAAUCCCUUGCCCCGCCCCCGUCCUUUCCCUUACGCGUGGUAUCUGUUUUGGCAGCAUGGCUUCUUCAGCGAAAAGACGAGCAGUUGGAAUGGGAGAAAAUCCCGCUGAUAGUGAGGAUAACAGCUCUGAUGAAGGAUUGGAAGACGACGUUGAUUCAGCAGAGAAUAACAGCGGAUCAGAAGAGGAGAUCAAUGAAGAGGUCAUUGUAGACUUUGAGGCCCAUACCAUUACUCACAAUGACUACAAUGGGGUCAAGAAACUCAUGCAACAGCUGUUUCUGAAGGCUCGUGUCAAUACAUCCGAGUUGACCGAUCUCCUCAUCCAGCAGAAUCAUAUUGGAAGCGUCAUCAGGCAAGCAGAAGUGCCAGAGGACAGUGAUGAUGACGAGGAUCCAGCUGAUGAGGUGUUUGGUUUCAUCAGCAUGCUCAACCUCACUGAGAGAAAGGGUGUCCAGUGUGUGGAGGAGGUAAAGGAUCUGAUCCUGGGUCAGUGUGAGAAGAGUUGUCCCCAUAGUGUGACAGACGAUCUGGAGAAGGUCCUCAACGACACCAGUAAGCCUGUAGGACUGCUGCUCAGCGAGAGGUUCAUCAACGUGCCCCCACAGAUCGCCCUGCCCCUCCACAAACAGCUACAGGAGGAGAUGGCAGAAGCCCAGAGCAGCAACAAGCCCAGUGGGAAGUGUCAUUACUGCCUGAUGAUCAGUAAGACCUAUAAGGAUCCCUCCAAGACCAGAGGAGCACCGCCUAAAGACGAGCUCACGUUCGUCAACGCAGAGGAGGAGUUCUUCUAUGAGCAAGCCACCAUGAAGUUCCACUACUCGGUGCAGGAGGAGACGGACAGUGUUCUGAGCGGGCGGUGGUCCUUCGACGACGUCCCCAUGAAACCGCAGCGUACCGUGAUGCUCAUCCCGGCAGACAGGAUGUCAGCCAUCAUGGACAAGCUCAAAGAAUACCUGACCGUGUGACCAACCGUACUACCGUGUGACCAACCGUACUACCGUGUGACCAACCGUACUACCGUGUGACCAACCGUACUACCGUGUGACCAACCGUACUACCAACCGUACUACCGUGUGACCAACCGUACGACUAAACAUACACAAUAAACUCUGGUAAACAACAGGACUGAUGUCUUUAAAACAGCCCCCCUCUGGAUUGUUUUUUUUUGCAAUGUAAAAUUCAAUACGAAACAUCGAAAGGAAGGGACCACUGGAAUCAUUUUCGUUAAGAUGAGAAUAAUGUCAUUAUGUAACGGUUUCCUUCAGCCCAGCGGGUUUAUCUAGACGUUUUUAGGUAAAAAUGUAUCUUUUGACAAAAUAAAUCAUUUUAGACCUUGGUCAUAGUUCAAAGCAUUGUAUUUACAGAUUCAUGUAAACAAAGUGAUGUUUUAACAUUUCAGUACAAACCAUUUCUUACACAAUAUUAGGUUAUCAAGCAAGUGAAAAUUCCGAAAAAUUUAAUUGUGUAUUUUUCUGUGAAGGAAUAUCAGAUGUUUUGAUGGACUAAGUUCAAACUGAUUUGAUUCAUACUCUAUUAGAAUAUAGGCUAAUUAUUUACUGUAAUACCAAAUUACCAAGGCAGUUACCACCUGACUGAAUUAAAGAUAUGAAGUAAACUGUA